UCUCAAGCUAAAGUUUCCACGCACUACGUCAAGAAUAUAUUACAGUAAAUACGAGUUAAGACAGCAAACUUACAAAAUUCAAUUGCCUUCUUUGGUUCGAACUUUCAUUGGCCGAAAAGGAGCAUUUUGUUUCCAUGGAGAACUCCCAUUCAAGGAGCAGCGGCAUCACUGAGGAGCCCCAGGCGCACAGCAUUUCAAUCGAAACUAGUCAAAAUGAUAUCCUCGAGGCAAGGCUAAGGGAGGCAGAAGAAAAUGCAAAGAAUCAAUCUCAAACACCAAAGAUACAGAAGGUUAUAUUCUAUCUGCGAGAACAAGACGAUUUCCACAAGAAUUAUGAGCCAAAAGUGGUAUCACUCGGUCCAAUCCAUCAUGGUAAGCCAAAUUACCAUCUAGGAGAGAAAUACAAGCUUCGAUUGACAAAUGCAUUCAUCAAAGGUAGCGGUAAGAGCAUGCAAGAUUUAUACAAGAAGAUUAAGGAGAAAAUCAAUGAACUGAGGACAUGCUUCGAGGAGGAGGUGACCGAGGACUAUGAUGAUGAGGCCCUCACUUCGAUUUUGUUAGUGGAUGGCUGUGCAAUAUUACAGUACAUGUAUUGUGCAACUAAAAACAAGUUCAAAGAGUUGAAUAUAAAAACGGACAGUGUAGCAUUUGGGCAACAGGAUUUGUUCUUGCUGGAGAAUCAACUUCCCUAUUGUCUACUCACAUUAUUGAUGAGCUCGAGUGUGAAGGAAAAAGAAUUGAGGAAAUCAAUUGAAACUUACAUUGAUUGGCAUGUUAAUGUACCAGAGGAUCAGCAAUCAAAUUGGUUAUCAUGGAGACACUGCCCAAGAUCGAAGCCACAACAAGCAAAAAGUGAGAAAGAAGAUAGCCAUGAUGAGGAGCAGCCACAAGCACAAAGUGAGAAAGAAAAAAGCCACAAUGAGCCACAACAAGCACAAAGUGCGAAAGAAGAAAGCCACGAUGAGAAGAAGCCACAAGCACAUACCAUAUCAGUGGCUCAGGCUCCAGAGCCCGUCCAUCUCCUUGACCAUCUGAGGACACGAAUGCUUCAUGGACCAAAGUACAUUCCUGAUGGAACGGUUAGUAAAAUCAACCAAAAUAUACAAAAUGUCCAAGAGUACUGGCAAUCCUAUCGCAAUGUCCAGGAGCUUAAAACAGCAGGUAUCCAUUUGAAACGUGGUAAAAAUUGUUACUUGAGUGAGAUAAAAUUCACUAAACAAUUUCUUUUUCGUGGACAACUUCACCUUCCUCCAAUUGUUGUGGAUGACUCAACCAGGCCUAAGUUCCUGAACUUGAUAGCAUAUGAAAGGUGUCUGGAUUUUGAAAAUGAUUUUGGGGUCACCUCUUAUAUAUCCUUCCUUGAUUCACUAAUCGAUGAAGCCAACGAUGUUAAGAUGCUAAGGAAAGCACAGAUACUCCACAAUUUCCUUGGCAGCGAUGAAGAAGUGGCUAAACUCUUCAAUGAGAUAGGCAACGACUUGGUGCCUAACAUCGAAAUAUACAGGGAUGUCAGAUCACAAAUUCAGAAGCACUAUAGGAGCAAGUGGAUGACCUGGAUAGCUCAAGUCUUUCACGACCAUUUCAGUAGUCCCUGGACGUUCAUUGCUUUCUUUGGCGUAUUGUUAGCACUUGCUCUAACUAUCACUCAGACUUGGUAUGCUGUCAACUCUCCCCCAGGACCCUGCGAUAACUUCUGCAAAAACUUAACACCAAAGUAAAUAUGCAAAAGACAGCCGUUUCCAAAAAACAAGGUCAUCCCAAACCCAUAUCAUCUUGUUAAUUUGUUUACAGCUUGGUGUUGAAGUUUUCUUGAAAUAAGUCAGGGUGAUUUUACUUUCUAAUUUGAUGUAAUAUGUGCGGAUUGGAAAUAAUUGUGUCUGAGUUUGUGCGUGAUGUGUGUUAAAGUUUCAUAUGCAAUAAAGUUUCAAGAUGAAUAUAUACUUGAUUCAAAUUCAAAAUAUGUCUAAUUUUGCAAAGCAAGGUGCAUGGCAGUAAACACAAUUGUCUC